GUGCGCGCGUGCGCGGCGGGGGCGCAGCGCAGUGGACGAAUGGUGUCGGCGUUGCGUUCCACGCGGAAUCCGCCCGCCUCGCUUUAAAGCGGCAGCUCGCCGUCGCUGCCUCUUGUCGUGCACCUCAAGGCGAGCGGCGGAGGCAGCGGCCAAUCAGCGCGCCAUUAGAGGCUUGACAGGAAGCUGUUUAUGGCCGCGCGGCUCUAAUUAGCCUCAUGAACUAACACAUCUGGCCGCGCCGAGGCACCGAGGAAAACGAUCACAUCCAUGGAUUAGUCCGGGGGGGCGCACGGACACUUUCGAGCCCGCCUGCUGCAUGCUGCGCGUUUGCUCAACUCGGCCAACUUUCCGCUCUCCCUCAACUCUGGAGUCUUUUCCGCGGUAACUUCUUCCACUUCGAGUGGGGAACGUGGAGCGUCGCGCCAUGUUUCAACCCGCGCCCAAGCGGUGUUUCACCAUCGAAUCGUUGGUGGCCAAGGACCAUCCGGUCCCGGCGUCGCGCUCGGAGGAGCCCAUCAGGCCGGCGGCUCUGAGCUACGCCGGCUCGGGUCAGAUGAACCCCUUCCUCAACGGCUUCCACUCCGGCGGCAGGGGCGUCUACUCCAACCCGGACUUGGUUUUCGCCGAGACGGUCUCGCAUGCGCCCAACUCGGCGGUGCCGGUGCAUCCGGUGGCCCCGCCGCACGCGCUGGCCGCUCACCCGCUCUCGUCCCCGCACAGUCAGCACCCCCUUUUUGGCAGCCAGCAAAGGGACCCCUCCACCUUCUACCCCUGGUUAUUACACAGAUAUAGAUACUUGGGCCACAGAUUUCAAGGUAACGAAACGAGCCCCGAAAGCUUCCUUUUGCACAACGCGUUGGCCCGCAAACCCAAACGGAUCCGGACGGCUUUCUCGCCGUCGCAACUCCUGCGGCUCGAGCACGCUUUUGAGAAAAACCAUUACGUGGUGGGCGCGGAGAGGAAACAGCUCGCGCACAGCCUUAGCCUCACAGAAACUCAGGUAAAAGUGUGGUUUCAGAACCGGAGGACGAAGUUCAAGAGACAAAAGCUCGAGGAGGAGGGCUCCGAGUCCCAGCAGAAGAAGAAGGGCUCCCAUCACAUCAACCGCUGGAGGCUGGCCACCAAGCAGUCCAGUCCGGAGGAAAUCGACGUGACUUCGGACGAUUAA